GCGGGUCGGCUCUGUCCACGUGAAGGCCGACGUUUUCCACUUCAAGCCAAAGACAGGCAGACACGUUGUGCUGCUGCUGCAGCAGCACUUCCUCGACCGGGCCCACCAGCGGCCGCUGUGGGGCGACAACAGCUGCUGGCUCGUCGAGCUGCAUGCACGCCGCAGCAGCGAAGCAGCAAUUGCUGCGGCAGAAGCAGCACUGACUGCUGUUGCAGAGGCUCUGCAGCCAAUCGUCACGCUGCGCAAAGUCGACCCAAAGGAUUACGCAGAGGCAGAAAGCCGGGCGAUGCAGGCAGCUGCAGUAUAA